AUGGUCAAGCUUGGUGUUGUCUCCGAGACGAACGGUAAGAGGAAGUUUGGAAAGAAGGCUGAAUGUUUGAAUGAUGACCGAGUACUUGGAAGAAGAAACAAAGUCAAAACCAAAAUGGGUCAGAGGUAUGAAGAAAAGGUAAAGGCAGUGAGUCAAUCCGUCGAUAUUCAAGAAUGA